AUGAAAAAGGCUCUCUCAGUCUUCAGUCUGUGGUUUCUGCUGGUUCUGGAUGUCAAUUGUUAUCAUUUUAGAAAGUUGUACCCGGAAUUGACCAGUAAGUUAAGAAUUUAUUGUUAUAUUGGGAAGAACUUUCUUUACAAAAUUUAGAAUUGCAAGAACUUGUGUACGGCCGAAUUAUUCGCGCGUUCUUUACAAAACAAAAAAAGGCAAGAACUUUUUUUACAAAACAAGACAUAGCCAAAACUUUCUUUAAAAAACAAAAAAAGGCAAGAACUUUCCUUACAAAACAAAAAAUUGCAAGAACUUUCUUUACAAAACAAGACAUAGCCAAAACUUUCUUUAAAAAACAAAAAAAGGCAAGAACUUUCUUUACAAAACAAGACAUAGCCAAAACUUUCUUUAAAAAACAAAAAAUGGCAAGAACUUUCUUUACAAAACAAGACAUAGCCAAAACUUUCUUUAAAAAACAAAAAAAGGCAAGAACUUUCCUUACAAAACAAAAAAUUGCAAGAACUUUCUUUACAAAACAAGACAUAGCCAAAACUUUCUUUAAAAAACAAAAAAAGGCAAGAACUUUCUUUACAGAAAAUAAAAUGGCAAAAACUUGCGUACGGCUGAAUUAUUCGCGCGUACAUAAGUUUGUUUAACUAAUGUAAAAACAAAAAAUUGCAAGAAUUUUGUUUACAAAACAUGAAAUUGCAAGAACUUUCUUUACAAAACAAAAAAUGUCAAGAACUUUCUUUACAGCCCUACUCCAAAGUGAUGUAAGUGGAAAUGCGGAUGGAUUGAACCGAGCUCAACGUAAAUUAUUAUUAGUAUUAGUUAAUAAUGACGAAGGUGAAGAAGAUCACUUUUUUGAAGCUAUUAGAGAUCAUAAAGUGGCCAAAAGAUUCGUAGAUGUAUUUGAAACCGCGUUGGCUGAGUCGAAUCUCAGCGAAAGUAUGAGGAAAUAUCUUCUAGAGGUAAGUUGUUAUAGUCUAGCCCUAGCCCAGAGCCCUGGCUCAGAGCCCUAGCCCAGAGCCCCAGCCCAGAGCCCCAGCCCAGAGCCCUAGUCCAGAGCCCUAGCCCAGAGCCCUAGCCCAGAGCCCUAGCCCAAAGCGCUAGCCCAAAGCGCUAGCCCAGAACCCUAGCUCAGAGCCCAGCCUAGAGCCCCAGCCCAGAGCCCCAGCCCAGAGCCCCAGCCCAGAGCCCUAGUCCAGAGUCUUAGCCCAGAGCCCCGGCCCAGAGCCCUAGUCCAGAGUCCUAGCCCAGAGCCCUAGUCCAGAGCCCUAGCCCAGAGCCCUAGCCCAGAGCCCUAGCCCCGAGCCCUAGCCCAGAGCCCUAGUCCAGAGUCCUAGCCCUAGACUAUAAUCUAGUCCCGGCCCUAUCCUUAGCUCUAGCCUGUGACCAUUAUUUUCAUGCACAUGCCCAUACCCCACUCUAUGAUCUAAUCUAUCUGUGAGCUCUAGUUAUAGCUCAUGAUCUAGUCUUAGCCAUAGGUCUUGUUCUAGCCCAGCUCUGUCAUCAUGCCAUUGGCAAUGAUUAUGACGAUGGUCAUGUGCAUGCCCAUGCCCUAGCUCUUGCUUACUUCUGACUUACUCUACUCUACUGUAGCCCUACUCUACCUUAGCCUUAGUCUACCUCAGCUUUAACUUACUUUUACUGUGCCUACUUCAGCGUACCUUACCCUUACUGCAACCCUACUCUAUCUUAAUCUUACCUUACUCGUACUGUAUCUCUACUCUAGCAUUAUCUUAAUUGUAAACUAUAAAUAUUGAUAUUAUCAACAAUUUCCUUCCCUUUCAGAUCCAAAAAAGUCUCCAUACGUUGUACAGUGUCUCGAAAUCACCCACCAAUAUCGACCGUCAGCUAGUCCACUCGGCUUUGUCAAACAUCUGGAACAAAUAUGACAAACUUUCAUCGAACGAAAAGGGACUGAUUAUCAAAAAAGCCCCAGAAUUCUUAGAUUUGAACACAAACGGAGAUGAAUGGCUAGCUAAACGACGACCAGUGCAAAUUAUGAAUCAGCCACAUUCGUUUAACAGUGGCUCUAGUUUAUACUGUAAUAUUAUUGUUGUACUAGUUAGUAUGGUACUGUUUUUGAUGUAA